AGAUAAAUAAGAGUUACUUUUAUCAACUUGUAGCUUUUAUAGUUGAAAUCGCACCAGAUGUCAUUAGACGAUAUUUUGAAUGUUUCGUUCUUCGAGGACAAAGCUUUGAGGAUUAUUUGUCAACAAUACACAAAAAACACAUGUUGUUUCACAUCUACCAAAAAAUGAAAUGCUGUGGUUGCGAGGGUUUUCCUGACAACUCAAAUCGUCCUAAUUUAACAAAAACGCAGUUUUCAGUACUGUACAAAAUUGAUUCAACGAAGCAAAAUCAAUCUCAUAAAAAAUUUCAAAACGGCAAAACAGCACAAGUGUGCAUGUGCUCCUGGACGCCACGUUCUGAUAUCAACACUUCAGUUCUUGAUAUCUCACUUGCUCACAUCGUUAUUAAAAGUUGUGGAAAAUUUGAACUGGGUGCAGACACGUGGAUUGAAACCAUUACUGAUAUCAGAAAUGAAAUAUUUCACAAAUCUGAUAUAAAAUCAUUGUCAAGAAAUGUUUUUGAAAAUUCCUGGGAGAAACUUGUAAGUUCUGUUGGUGGUCUAACCAAACUCAUUAGUGAAGAAUACAGCUCAGAGGUGCAGUAUCGUAUCGAUAAACUAAAGGAUCGGGUUAUCGUUUCCAGAGUCACACUGAAACUUGAGCAUUUGUAUAGGGAUUACUGGAAACAAAAAUGUGCAGAAUUAGAGGUGAACCGAAAAGAAGAAAUUGAGGCAUUUAUGAUGUUGUUGGAAGGAACAUCAGAAAGCGAUCACGAAAUGAAUUUAAUGAAAAGAAAAUUAAUGAAUGUCAUGACCAAGAUUGAUAACCUACACUCUGAAGUGGAUAAAGUGUCGGUGAAUGUGUUUGGCAAUUAUGAUGUCUUAAAGAUUACGAAUGAAACAAACUUGCAUCAGCAAUACAGUGUUGAUGAGUUUAUCCCUGUCCUUAUGCAACUACAAGUACCAAACACAUGGGAUAGUGUAAAAAUUGAGGAGUCCAUUGAGACCAUCCGAACCAGCAUGAUGUCACUAUCAGCAGACAUACAAAUCAGCACAUGUUUAGAUAACAGUUUAACAUUUCUAACUACAAUUCUUCAAAAUUUGACGAAAAAUAAAAGUAAAUUCAAACAAGAGAUACAUCAUAUCCUGAUGCAGCUAUUUAAAGAAUCAGAAAUAGAUACAGAUAUACCUGCUUCUGUUUCCCUGUGUCUUUCAGCUUAUACUUCUUCUGAAAGAAUAUUACAGACAAAAUUUAAAUUACAACUGAAGAGAAAUUUCGAAGAAGCAGGGUCCCGUAUCGCUGACUGUCUUCCAAUGGAAAAUGGUGAAGUAGUUUUUCUUGUCAAAACAGAGCACAUGGGUUGCAAACUGUACAUGCGUGAUGAAAAAUUAUCUGAAAUUCAGCAGAAAUCGGUUUCAAUAGAUUCUCAAAAUAUUUUGAUCUUUGGUACAGACAAUGUAGCUAUUUUAGCAAAACGUUGUUUGACUAUGAUAAACAUAUGUACUGGUUUACAUACAGGAGAAAUUCCACUUCCAGAGGACAACACUUUAGCAGUUUCCAAUGGCAACAAAGAAUUUAUAUUUUACACCAAUAAGUCUUUGUCAUUCAUCAAUUGUCAAGGGAAAAUUGUUCGAAAUAUUUAUAUCGCGUGCGAAAAAUGUUACUUAAUUCACACAACUACCAAGUUAGUUUAUCUCUUUUCUAAGAAUAAUGAAUUGUUGGUGUGUACAAAAGAUGGACAAGAAAUGCAAAGGCAUAGUCUUCCUGAAAAGGUAUGUUCUUGUACAACAGCACCUGAUGGUGGUUUGAUAGCAGUCAGUAACAGUAGUUCCGUAUACUACAUGGAUGCUGAUGGAUUUAUCUGGUCACUUAUCCAGUCUGAUUUCGAACCAAUGACAAAUAUACAUAUUGUUAGUUUCUGUCUUCGAACUAAGACGUUAAUGUUUUGCCACGGAUUUGAUGAUGUUUCUCUUUAUGUGUAUGAAAAUGUAGAAUAAACCGUCUUGCUACACAAAAAAGAAUCUGUUUUUUUCUGCAUAUCGUACUACGGUGAUUUUUGUUUACCAA